AUGGUGCUAAGGGGUGAAAUUAAAGUGAGGGCUAACUGUGAGAGGGCUAACUGUGAGAGGGCUAACUGUGAGAGGGAUAACUGUGAGAGGGCUAACUGUGAGAGGGCUAACUGUGAGAGGGAUAACUGUGAGAGGGCUAACUGUGAGAGGACUAACUGUGAGAGGGCUAACUGUGAGAGGGCUAACUGUGAGAGGGCUAACUGUGAGAGGACUAACUGUGAGAGGGCUAACUGUGAGAGGGCUAACUGUGAGAGGGCUAACUGUGAGAGGGCUAACUGUGAGAGGGAUAACUGUGAGAGGGCUAACUGUGAGAGGGCUAACUGUGAGAGGGAUAACUGUGAGAGGGCUAACUGUGAGAGGACUAACUGUGAGAGGGCUAACUGUGAGAGGGCUAACUGUGAGAGGGCUAACUGUGAGAGGACUAACUGUGAGAGGGCUAACUGUGAGAGGGCUAACUGUGAGAGGGCUAACUGUGAGAGGGAUAACUGUGAGAGGGAUAACUGUGAGAGGGCUAACUGUGAGAGGGAUAACUGUGAGAGGACUAACUGUGAGAGGACUAACUGUGAGAGGACUAACUGUGAGAGGGAUAACUGUGAGAGGGCUAACUGUGAGAGGGAUAACUGUGAGAGGGCUAACUGUGAGAGGGCUAACUGUGAGAGGACUAACUGUGAGAGGGCUAACUGUGAGAGGGAUAACUGUGAGAGGGAUAACUGUGAGAGGGAUAACUGUGAGAGGGCUAACUGCGAGAGGGAUAACUGCGAGAGAGAUAACUGCGAGAGGGCUAACUGUGAGAAGGAUAACUGUGAGAGGACUAACUGUGAGAGGGAUAACUGUGAGAGGGAUAACUGUGAGAGGGCUAACUGUGAGAGGGCUAACUGUGAGAGGGCUAACUGUGAGAGGGCUAACUGUGAGAGGACUAACUGUGAGAGGGCUAACUGUGAGAGGGCUAACUGUGAGAGGACUAACUGUGAGAGGGCUAACUGUGAGAGGGCUAACUGUGAGAGGGAUAACUGUGAGAAGGCUAACUGUGAGAGGACUAACUGUGAGAGGGCUAACUGUGAGAGGGCUAAAGAGCACCCCAGGAUUUUGCCGGCUAUCUCGCAAGGUCGACGAUUGACAACGGGUUAG